CUUGACCUUGAACUUUUACCUUAAAUUAUGGCCGUGUUUUCACUAGGGGUUUUAACUCGUCUAAAAUUCCUUAAGGUGUCRCGGUUCCGGAAAUACAGUGAAAACACCCUAACUUUCAAGGGCAAAAUCGUUGCUCAAACACCGGAAAUACCGCAAAAGUUAGACUACCUAGCAAGAUGGUUUAACUUGUCCAAGUAAACACAUCAACCAAUCACAGCGAUGUUCUUGACAGACAAAUGUCAAAUAAAAAGGUCAGAUAUUCGUCGAGUGUUCUCAGUACAGCAACAAUGGAAGACGACACGAAUCCAUCCUCGAACAUGGAUCCAUCCUCUAACUUUACACAUCGCUUUAYGAUCCCACCACCGUUGGCUUUCGAUUCGCCAAGCACAAGCCAAGGACCUUUACUCUUUCCACGUUAUUACCUCAAUCCGCCGCAAGUGAGAGCAUCUAGCUUAACUUUUCCAGCUGCUACAYCACGACCUACUACGUUAAUUUUUCCUGCUAGUACACCACCUCGUGCGCCAUCUACUAGCUUCACUUUUCCGGCUGAUACUCCACCRCGUGGCCCAAAUACGCUAAAUUUAACAUCGUCCAGAAACAUCCCUCCCACUAGUCGCGAUGCAAACCUUCCUUCUACAUCCUCGGGUUCAUUUGGAGAGGCAUCCUCAUGCGCUAAGAGCCGUGGAAAAAAUUGGUCUGAUGCAGAGACGAGAUUCCUUUUAGAAAUCUGGCGUGAGAGCUAUCCUAUUAGCAAACGGAGAAACAGUGGGGCUUGGGAUUCCAUAGCUAAGCAAUUGAACAAGGUUUUGGCAGAACAAGGAAUUACAACGUUCCGCAGUGGAGUACAGUGUAAGGCUCGCAUUAAACACUUAGAAGAUGAAUAUAAAAGGGUCAAGGACCACAAUGGUCGUUCAGGGAAUAACAGAGAGACGUUCGAAUACUACGAAGACUUAGAUGUGGUGUUAGGAUGUAAACCAAAUAUAACCCCAAGGAUUGUAUUGGACUGCGGUUUGGACGCAAGCGACGAAUCUCCAUCAUAUUCGCCCAUAAGCUUAUCAAUUGAGAAAGAAAAUGAUGAGGAUGAGGAUGAUGAUGUAGAUGAUGAUGUAGAUGAAUCCACACAUGAGAGACCUCGCCAGGACAAAAAAACAACCAGCCAGGGUAAGCGAACAUGUACCGGCAAGGGAAAGCAGCCAUCGUCGAAAACGCCCGCAAAGAAAGCAAAAAAAGCCUCUUCUCAGUUUGAAUCAGAACUAUUUGACUUCUUAAACGCUAGUCAAGAAAAGGACCACGAAUUUUUCGCACAAUUGGCAGAGAAGGAGAGCGAGCGUGAGCUGAAGAGCCAAAAACUUAUGUUUGACACGGUAAAAGAAAUUGCUAAAAUUUUUAAAGGAGGAAACUGAAUGAUUUAACUUUUUUUAUGUGAUCUGCCUAUUUCUGUACCCUAUUUACAGACAUACACUGAACACAUUUCUUUACAGUUUUUUAUAUAUUUUUUAUUUCAAGUCCAAUUGGCCACAUGCACUGCAUAUACAAACGUGCAUGAUUAAGAUAUUUGUUGCUGUUCAACUUUAUUUGAUCGACAUUAUUUAACUUGAUUACUGUUUAACUUGAUCAUGUACUAUGAAUGAAAUACCAAUAUAAUAUAAUGCAUGGACAGCUUACUUAGCGUAUAUUUUA